UUAUCUCGACUCAACCCGACAGCUUGGAAGAGAGCGAGAGCGAGAGCCAACGGUCCAUGGAUACUCUGAAGCGCCAAUGCCUCACGGGCUUCCUCGUCGACGCCAGGUUCGCCUCCCAACUCGCUUCUCCACCGUCGAGUGGGAGGGGUCGCAUUUGGAUUCCCUUUCACACGCAAAAGCUCGGCGGCGGCUUCUCUGUCACCCUUCGGAGGCUGCCGCCCAUGAUCCUUCCAGGCGCUUCUUCCUUGUCUUUUCCCUCCGAUGCAGGAUCUUCUGAGGUGGAAGCAGACGAGAUAACUCCUGAUUCUCCUAUUGAGACGACAGAUUCCUCCAAAACCGUCCGCGUAAGGUUUGUUCUGCAGAAGGAAUGCCCCUUCGGCCAGCAAUUUUUUAUUGUUGGCGAUCACCCUGUGUUUGGCCUAUGGGAUCCCACAAACGCUGUUCCUUUGGAGUGGUCUACUGGACAUGCAUGGACAACUGAGCUGAACUUGCCUGCUGGGAAGAUGAUUCAAUUCAAAUUUAUACUCAGAGGUCUCGCAGGGGGUAUCUGUUGGCAGCCUGGUCCUAACAGAUGCUUGCAAACAUGGGAAACCACCAAGACCAUUAUUGUUGCUGAAGACUGGGACAAUGUGGAUAACCAGAAGAUUACUGAGGAACAGCCAGCGCUCAUCAUGGUCGACAAACCGCUGUCCCUCGAGGCUCCAGCUCCUGAGGCUCAAGAUACUGAAGGUGAUGGAGAUCUUCUUUUAGUCCCUGGUUCGGAACCAAUUCCUGCAUCUGGGAGUGCUUCAGGUUCCUCACAGGAAACAAUAAUGGAAGCAAAUGUUCCUGAUGCCGAUGAAUCUGAGCACUGCAACUUUGCCCAGCUUCCCGAGGAUCAGCAAGCGCUCAUCAUGGUGUCCCAGUACGCAUUUACAGAACAUCUUACUUUGCUCUGGAAAAUCCUUUACGCAUUUACAGAACGCAUUUACAGAACAUCUUUCUGAAAACAUCUUGACAGGGAAGAGGUGUCCCAGUACCAAAAAAUAAAGAACAAUGCGCCAAUGUUUGAGAAUAAUGUUUUCCCUGCUUGUAGAUUAUAGCCACAAUAGAUUUUUGCUUUUAAUUUAAAAUUUCAAGUUAAGGUGGUCCCUUGCACUGUGGAAUGGGCGGCUUGCUGCAUUCUAUCCUGGUCUUUAGUGUUUACGUAAUAAUUAAAGCUCAUGUUGUAAAAUGCUUGGUGGCAUUGAUGUGUUUACUUUUGAUAUGUAUUACUUUAUCAAGUUCAUGUAAAUUUGAUUACAGGAGUAACUAUCUUUUAGCAAA